AUACACUGAAGCCAUGCUGAGGCGUCCAGCCGCACAGGGCGUGGUCGAUACAAGGGGGCGGGGUCUCGAACAAGCGUUCUAAAUCGAGGAGAUACAUAUAUGGGCGUGGCCGUGGCGAUUUGAAGGCGUGGUUUUGUACUUGACAGACAUGAGAAGGGAGCCCCUACAACCAACCAGACACCUCUGUAUUGAGUUCCACCGUUAAAAUAUUCCGGUAAAGCGGGCCGUGUUUGCGGAACUCGAGGCGUGUGUGGGAGCGCGAGCUCGACGGGAAGCUCCGCCAAAAGCGGGCGGAGUCGGAAACGCGGAAAGCUCGAAGCUGUGCGCCUGAGAUCCGGACGAGCUGCGCGCUGCGCUCGGGGAGCUCUCAGCGGAGCUGCCGUCAACACUUGGCCUUUUCCACAUCAGAGCAUCACCGCGUCUUGGUUAAAUCCUUCCCCAGUCACUCCUGAGCCAUCCGGACAGAGUAUUCAGCGUGAUACUCGCCCUCGUCUGCGCCAGGGUCUCCAGGCCUCACGUCCAUCCCUUUCUGUUUUUAAGAGCGAACUCCCAAGCAGAACGCCUUCUCUCCGGGAAUCUCUCCUGUCCCUGGGCUUUGAUACGCUCCUCUGAAGAUGGACGGUUUCGCCGGCAGUUUAGAUGACAGUAUCUCGGCGGCGAGUGUGUCGGACAUGCAGGACCGGCUGUCGUCUCUGGAACUGCGUGUGCAGCAGCAGGAGGAUGAGCUCACCGUGAUGAAGGCUGCACUGGCCGACGUGCUCCGACGCCUCGCACAGUCCGAGGACAUGGCUGCCAAGAAGCAGCAGAACACCAAAGGUCAGACGCCGCUACGCGAGGCUUUCUCCAUGUCCUGUAUCGCUAACGGUGGCUCCAGCGGCCGCAAGACUCACAGAGACAGCUCCACGGUGUCCGUAGCCCGGAAAGAGACGUUGUCCUCUGCAGCCAAAAGCGGUGCGGAGAAGAAAAAAGACAAGCCUCUGCUAGAGGAGAUCAAGGAGAAGGAAGAGCCACCACAAGCUAACGAUAAACCCCCUUCAACACCCAGCACGCCACAGGCACCGUCCCCUUCCAGCCAACCCCCUUCCCCACAUCCCCUCCAGCCCCUCCACCCCCAGAGGGCCACCCCUGAGAGCAAGGGGUCCUCCCAAGCCAAAAGGGGCCACAGUGCAAAGCGUGGUGGAGGUAUGGAGCGCUCUCAGAGCACCACAUGGGAGAGCGGGGAGGAGAACAGGAACAAGCUGGUCAAAGCUGCCUCCACUUCCAAACUGCUGGCCAAAGUUGUGAAGAAUGCAGAGAAACACAGAGAUCCAGUUAUCAGCCAAGCUAAAAUGUCAACCCGUGAGAAAAACAGUCAAGAGGGCGACUAUAUCAAAAUGUUCAUGCGAGGACGACCAAUCACCAUGUUCAUCCCAUCUGACAUAGAGAACUACGAUGACGUGCGAACUGAACUUCCCUCAGAGAGACUCAAACUGGAGUGGGUAUAUGGCUAUAGGGGCCGAGACUGCAGGGCAAAUGUUUAUUUGUUGCCCACAGGAGAGAUCGUCUACUUUAUCGCCUCAGUGGUUGUACUUUUCAACUAUGAAGAGCGGACACAGCGUCACUACUUAGGACACACUGACUGUGUGAAAUGUCUUGCUGUUCACCCGGAUAAGAUCCGCAUUGCCACAGGACAGAUCGCAGGAGUGGACAAGGACGGCAGGCCGCUGCAGCCCCACGUGAGAGUUUGGGACUCUGUCACUCUGCAAACCCUGCAGAUCGUUGGGUUGGGCACCUUUGAAAGAGGAGUGGGAUCCCUUGCUUUUUCUAAAGCAGACUCAGGCAUCCACCUCAGUGUGGUCGACGACUCCAAUGAGCACAUGCUGACGGUGUGGGACUGGCAGAAGAAGUCCAAAAUUGCUGAGAUUAAGACUACCAAUGAGGUGGUAUUAGCGGUUGAGUUCCACCCAACAGACGCAAACACCAUCGUCACCUGUGGCAAGUCGCACAUCUUUUUCUGGACGUGGAACGGCAACUCUCUGGCUCGCAAGCAGGGCAUCUUUGGGAAAUAUGAAAAGCCGAAGUUUGUGCAGUGUCUGGCCUUCCUCAAUAACGGAGACAUUCUGACCGGAGACUCAGGAGGUGUCCUGCUUAUCUGGACCCGCAGCACAGUGGAUCCACCACCAGGAAAAGGACUUAAAGCAUUUCAGAUCAGCCGUCAGAUCAAGGCCCACGAUGGCAGUGUGUUUACACUGUGUCAGCUGAGGAACGGCACUCUACUGACCGGAGGAGGUAAAGACCACAAGAUCAUCCUGUGGGACCACGACCUCAACCCAGAGAGGGACAUUGAGGUUCCAGAUCAAUAUGGAACCAUUCGAGCCGUUGCAGAGGGGAAGGGCGAGCAGUUCCUCGUGGGCACGUCACGCAACUUCAUUCUAAGGGGCACUUUUAAUGAUGGCUUUCAGGUGGAGGUGCAGGGUCACACAGAUGAGCUGUGGGGUCUGGCCUCUCACCCAUUUAAAGCCCUCUUCCUCACCUGUGCGCAGGACAGGCAAGUGUGUCUGUGGAACUCAGUGGACCAUUCUCUGGAAUGGACCAGACUGCUGGACGAGCAUGGUCACUGCGCAGACUUCCACCCUAGCGGUGCUGUGGUUGCCAUUGGCACUCAUUCAGGGAAGUGGUACGUUCUGGAUGCUGAGACUAGGGACCUGGUGGCCAUCCACACAGACGGCAAUGAGCAGCUGUCAGUGAUGCGCUACACUGUGGAUGGUACACUGCUGGCAGUGGGAUCACACGAUAACUUCAUUUACCUCUACACAGUGUCGGAUAACGGACGCAAGUACAGCAGAUACGGGAAAUGCUCUGGACAUUCCAGCUACAUUACGCAUCUUGACUGGUCCCCCGACAACAAGUUCAUUAUGUCCAACUCAGGAGACUAUGAAAUUCUCUACUGGGACAUUCCAAAUGGCUGUAAGCUGAUUCGUAACCGCUCUGAUUGUAAGGAUAUCGACUGGGCCACGUACACGUGUGUGCUGGGAUUCCAUGUCUUCGGAGUGUGGCCGGAGGGUUCAGAUGGAACAGAUAUCAACGCUCUGGUCAGAUCUCACAACAGGAAAGUCAUCGCUCUGGCUGAUGAUUUCUGCAAAGUGCAUCUGUUCCAGUACCCCUGCUCCAGACCUAAGGCCCCAAGUCAUAAGUACAGUGCCCACAGCAGUCACGUGACCAACGUUAGCUUCAUGCACAACGACAGACACCUGGUGUCGACAGGCGGCAAGGACACCAGCAUCAUGCAGUGGCGCUGCCUGGGCAUGAGUGAUCCCCCACACAACUCAAGCACACGAGUCCAGGCCCCCGUGGCUACUGUCCCCACCUCUCUGCCUAUCACCAGAAUGGAACCGGAUGCCAAUACGCCACCCCCUACACCCACUGAGCCGCUGGACGCCACUCCUAAUGGACAGCAAGAAGACCAUGAAACUCCGCCUCCCCCGGAUGAACCCACACCCACUUCUGAUAGCACCGUGAGCCCAAAGGACAGUCUGGAGCCAAGUGAUGACACGGCCACGCCCAGCGAUGAGGGCACACCCUUCACUCCACCCUCUUAAAACCGGUGGCCGAGGUGAUUAGCCCUCGUCUCCAUCUGAGUGCUCCACCCACAGGCACUAGGCUUGCCGUAUAGGUUGAUAGGGCAUGCACAGGGGCUCCUUAAAAUUUUAAUCUUUUCAGGUUCUUUCUAUGUUUCUUUCAACGUGUGUUUGUAUGUCGUUAGUCCGAGAGGGAGAAGAGAGGCAAAAAAUGAAUGAAGUAUCGCUGUUGUGUUGCCCAGGAGGAAUCAUGCUUCGAGUACAUAGAUAAAAGCUGUUGGAAAUAUGGAAACGGACACUAGCAUGCCUGGAUACACUGAUACACACAAACACUACAGCAAACAUGAGGUUUACUCCAACACACAUACACAAACACAUGGGGGCACAUACCAAAAAAACAUAUUAAUGACAAGGAUGUAGUAGAUCAUUGGAUGGAACUUAACAUAGAAUAAAAUAUCAGCCAGUAUAAAUGCAAAAAUAUAACUGAAAUUAGUGAAAUGAAAUAUAGGCUUAUGUUAAGACUUUUUAAACUAAUCAUUUACUUUGUUUUGUGAAUAAUGAGGAGUUUCAAAACCUUUUUUGUGAAAUGCCUGCAUAGCAUCUUUACCUGAGCCAAGAAUAUUUUGAAAAUGCCAGGCAGGUAACACUGACGCAUUGAAUGGACUCACUGAGCUCAUUGGCUUCUUCUGCGCAAGUUAGCAUCAUUGUGGACAAAUUUUAAGCAUGGCAUGAAGCUAAUAAUAAUAAAUGUUCAUGAUCGACUAGGUAUAUUAUCAGCAUAUUAUCACACACAGACACACACAUACACACACAUACACACUCACACAGUUUUUCUGAGGCUGCAGUUUGUUCAAAGCCAUUUUCUUCUGGACAUUUUCUCCUGUGUCUCUGAAGCUCUGCCCAGCACAGCAUAUGCAGAUCAGAUCAGCAGGCUGUCUGAAUGUCUUCAGCAUGGAUCAUCAUGCAAACAUCAGUUUUUCCUCCAACAGACUUAAUCUAAACUUCUCAUAUUCAAACGGCGCAGUUUUAGCCUGUAUUCUAAAUGCUGUUCUCUUUCCAUUCAAGUUGCUUUAGAUUCAUUUUCAGACUGUUUUUUUUUUCAUUCUGUUCAUUGGACUGAUUUUUUUUAUCUUGAGAGUAGAUUAAAUGAGUCUUAAAUGUGUGUGAUUGUGUGUAUAUGAGAUCACGUGCAGAUGAAUGAGCUGACGGUUUUGUUUUGUUUUUUUUUUUGCAUCUUUCAUUCCACAAGAAGGUGUUUGUGCACCUUCCUUUCCUCCCUCCCACAGGAACUCAGGAUCACUCAUUUAGGUCACCUUCCUAGUCAGAGUGUGGGAGAGAGCUCUGUCCUUGUUCUCCUUUCUCUUUCUCAGAGUGUUUUUCACCACUUCAGUAAUGCAUUGUGACAAAGAUACUGGGCUAAAGGAUAUAAUAUUAAACAAUGUUUUAUGUAUUUUAAACAUGAACUGCAACUCAGAAGAGCCUCUGCCAGUCUGCAGUAACACUGUGGCUCUUCACUCUCACUGUUUUUUGUUCCCAGUUAUACAGAGAUGUGCUAUUUACAAAUUCUAAAGAGUGAUGCACCAAAUCCUAACAAGAUGCCUCCAACUUUCUGAAGAUCAGCCUGUGAUCUUAACUCUAGACCUGUUUUCAGCAUGCACUCAUCACCUUCCCUUUGUUAUUUAUUUAGACCGUACAAUAUGCUAAGGUGCUUCAGCUAUAUCGUGUUUGCUGUCCAGCCUGUUUUCAAAAAAAAAAAUGAAAAUAAAAAAUCACUGCUCAGUCCGGCUUACUCUUAUAACCUCCUGCUUAUUAUUAUAAACUUCUGCCCACUUCUGCUCACUCCUUCUCACUCUCAUAACCUCCUGCACACUCUUAUAACCCCUUCUCACUCCUGCUCACUCCUUCUCACUCUCAUAACCUCCUGCACACUCUUAUAACCCCUUCUCACUCCUGCUCACUCCUUCUCACUCUCAUAACCUCCUGCACACUCUUAUAACCCCUUCUCACUCCUGCUCACUCCUUCUCACUCUCAUAACCUCCUGCACACUCUUAUAACCCCUUCUCACUUCUGCUCACUCCUUCUCACUCUCAUAGCCUCCUGCUCACUCUCAUAGCCUUCUGCACACUCUUAUAACCCCUUCUCACUCCUGCUCACUCGCAUAACCUCCUGCUCACUCGCAUAACCUCCUGCUCACUCUCAUAACCUCCUGCACACUCUUAUAACCUCCUCACUCUUAUAACCUCCUGCUCACUCCUGCUCACUCUUAUAACCUCCUGCUCACUCCUGCUCACUCUUAUAACCUCCUGCUCACUCCUGCUCACUCUUAUAACCUCCUGCACACUCUUACAACCCCCUGCUCACUCCUGCUCACUCUUAUAACCUCCUGCUCACUCCUGCACACACUUAUAACCUCCUGCACACUCUUACAACCCCCUGCUCACUCCUGCUCACUCUUAUAACCUCCUGCUCACUCCUGCACACACUUAUAACCUCCUGCACACUCUUACAACCCCCUGCUCACUCCUGCUCACUGUUAUAACCUCCUGCUCACUCCUGCUCACACUUAUAACCUCCUGCACACUCUUACAACCCCCUGCUCACUACUGCUCACUCAUAUAACCUCCUGCUCACUCUUAUGGCCUCCUGCUCACUGUUGUAGCCUCCUACUUUCUCCUACUCCUUAUUAUAACCUUCUGCCCACUUCUGCUCUGUUAUAAUCUCCUGCUCACUGUUAUAACCUCUGAUUCAGUCCUCUUCACUGUUAUAACCGCUUACUCGCUCCUGCUCACUCUUAUAACCUCCUGCUUACUGUUAUACCCACGUACUCACUCCUGGUCACUCUUAUAAACCUCAUGCUCAUUAUUAUAACCUUCUGCCCACUUCUGCUCCCUGUUAUAACAUCUUGUUCAGUUACAACAUCCUACUCAUUCCUGCUUCUUGUUAGAACUUCUUGCCCACUUCAGCUCUAUAUUAUAACAUUCUGCUCACUGUAAUAGCCUUGUACUCAUGGCUGCUUCCUGUUAUAAUCUCCUGCUUACUGUUGUAACCUCCUACUGACUCCUGCUCACUGGUAUACCCUGCAUUAUGUAUGAUGCACUAAUGUGAAAGGAAGAUGAUAAGUGAUUGUUGAAAAACGGAUUGAAAUGCAGGCCUAAACCUUUUCACAAUACAAUACAGGGUCUAGAAUUUUCAAAAAAUAAAUAAAAAAGCAGCCUGGUCUCAGACAUGUUGCUGGCGACAUCUUCUGUACACUUGCAGCAUUGCAAGGUAUUGAAAGGGAUGGAUGAAAGUUUUAGUAUUGAAAUGUAUGGAUGAGUAUGUAUAAAGGCAUGAGGUCUGGUGGUAAUGCAUGAUUUCUCGUUAAACUGUAAGAAUUGUGAAGGCAUUAGGGAGUAUUAAGAAGCAUGGAUCAAAUACAUGUGCAGAGUCAUGGGGGUUUUAUAAAGAUUUUGGUAUGUGAAUGAUGAACUUAUGCUGUGUUUUUAUGUUUUUUUUUUUUUUUUUUUUACAUGGAAGCAUUCAGUAUAUAAAGUUCUGAGUGUAUUUGAUACUGGUCUAGUUGUAGGUGCCUGCAUGUUCAAGAAAGCCAUUUUGGCAUUAGAAGUGUUUAAUAGAUGGAAUGUAAUGAUGAUAUAUGCCUACCAAGUUGUGCAGUGUGGUGUAUCGCUGCAGCAGCGCUGUUACUACAGCCUCUCAUCUCCAGCUGGUCUGCAGUUUUUCUAACCCUCUGGUUUAUAAGGCUUUUUGGGAGUGCUACCAUUUUUUUUAAAAAAUGAUAGUUUUGGUGUUUUCAGAGAAUGCCUCUUUUUGAUUUCUGUAGACAGAUUUGAAUUUGCUUUUGCUGUAAUACUUAGCUUUAGUGCAAAAUGGCACAGUUCCUUUGCUCAGGGUCAGACCUGGUCACCUUCCUCUCCUACUUCUGCCUCUGUGUUGAUCACCUUCUUAAAAUUACAGCAGAUUUCCACACACAACAUGCCCUUGGUCUUUGUGACCGGGCGAGCUUCAGGCUAAGUUCAGGGAUUUCACAGGCUGCCAUUUCCAGAUACCAUUUGUACAUUCACAUGUGGAUACUAUGUGUAUAUAAUAGUUCCUCUGUAUGUAUAUAACUCUGUGGGAAUGCAUCCUGUACAAUAACUUGGCCAUGUUCAUCAAGGAAAGCCUUUUGGACAGUUCUGCAAUCACUGAUGCUGCAGAACCACACUGAAAACCUAGCGGAUAAGAAAUCAGGACAAGAUCUUAAAUCUCCAGUUAGAUAGCAGCUUGUAUGUAAAGGGGAUGUUCUUCUUGGACAUUCUGAUUUACUUGGAAAUUCUUUGGAUACAUUUUGCCUCUAGGACCCUUACUUGUGAAACUGACUUAACAUUUUUUGCAUCCAGUGAAGGUGACAUUCAGAACACUGUUACCUGACAUUGGUGUGUAAAUAAGGGGCUUCAUUAGGAAUGUUUCUUGAAUGUCACGAGUGGCCUUGCUAUGUGUCUUCUUUGGGUGAGUGUGGAAUAUGAUAUUGGUAAAUAUAUUGUAUUUUUUUGGUUUUUGAAGAGGUGUUUUGUUUGAUAACAGCUGGUGUGAUAUCCAGAAGUGCUUUUUAUAUAAUUGAAAUGGCACUGUGGAUAAAUGCAUAGACGUUUAUUGGGCAGGCCGGAUCCAUGUCUGACAUUCAGUAAUCAGACUAAUCUUUUUUUUUUCAAUGGUCUGUGUUUCUGAAGUGUUUCUACAGACAUUUACAGUCUCCGUUCCUGCAUGAAAUGGCCUUGUAUAAAAAAAAAAAAAUGAGGGAGAGGAAGAAGGAAAGAGUGAGACAAUGCAAAACUGGAGUGGAAAAUUAAAACUCUUCUGGAAUGGUCUGGAUCUCUAGCUAGUGGCCCUUUCCACACUAGGAACCCUGGAAUCAGAUUCCAAGAAUGCUUUCCCAAUUGCCAGUUUGCAUGAUCAGAUCUGCAUUGGAUAAGUGGGUGGGAAAGGAGCCGGUUUUCAUAUAAAAGCUUUGUGACAAAUGAUGAAGUUGGUUGCAGCAAUGAUAAUGAAAAUUAUGUCAACAAAUAUGAACCUUUUUUCUUGUAACAGUGUUUGAGCCAAUAUGUCUUUCAUGCAUUCCUGUCAUUGGGCAGAAAAAUACUAAAGAUUUUAGAAAAUAAACAUUCAUUUUAAAAUGA